AUAAUUACAAAUAAGCGAUGUAAUUCAGGUAAUACAGGUUUUUGUUUUGAUCAAUAAAAAAUGAACGCUCUCACACGGCAGUGACAUCACGCAAUGUUUUCAGUGCUAUGGCGUACCAGGAAGGGGAGUCGCUUGAAUCCUGGCUCAAUAAAGCCACUCGUCCAACUAACAGACAAGAAGACUGGGAGUACAUCAUAGGCUUCUGUGAUCAAAUCAACAGAGAACUAGAGGGCCCACAGAUAGCAGUAACGCUUCUUGUGCACAAAAUCCAUUCACCACAGGAAUGGGAAGCACUUCAAGCUUUAACAGUAUUGGAGGCAUGCAAAAACUGUGGAAGGAGAUUUCAUAAUGAAGUUGGAAAAUAUAGGUUUUUAAAUGAGCUAAUUAAAGUGGUGUCACCCAAGUAUAUGGGUGACAGUGCUCCUGAAAAGGUGAAGACUAAGAUUGUGGAAAUGUUGUACAGCUGGACAGUUGCUUUUCCAGAUGAAAGCAAGAUUGCCGAAGCAUACCAGACGCUCAAACGACAGGGUCUUGUAACACAGGAUCCGGAGCUGCCAUUAGACAGAACUUUAAUUCCAUCACCUCCUACACGACCAAAACAUCCAGUGUUUGAUAAUGAGGAUAUGGGCAAAUUACUUGCUGAGCUCCUCCGUAGUAAAAACCCAGAAGACCUUCAAGAAGCCAACAGGUUGAUUAAAAGCAUGGUGAAAGAGGAUGAGGUGCGUGUGCAAAAGGUAACUAGUAGAAUGCACACCUUGGAGGAAGUGAGUAUCAAUGUGAAGCUGUUAACAGAAAUGCUGUCCCAUUACAACAAGGAGAGCUCAUCUGACUCGGACAAAGAAAUCAUUAAGGAACUUUAUGAGCGGUGUGACAAGCUGAGACGGGCUGCAUUCAAAAUGGCCACUGAGUCUGAAGACAAUGACACAAGUUUAGGUGACAUUCUGCAAGCUAGUGACGACCUCUCAAGAGUCAUCAGCUCUUAUAAGAAGAUUGUCGAAGGGCAACCCAUCAAUGGAGACAGUGAGGACCCACAGUCUAAAGCAUGUCACUGUGAAAAUGAGACGGACACACUCAUCGACCUCAGUGAAAGCGACACUCCGAGCCCUUCUCAUCCUGCUGCUCUGCUUUCUCAACCUCCCAAUCCUUUCUCCACACACGCCAUGGUCCCUCCUGUCCCUGUACUCGCUCCUCUCCCAAAACCAGUGGGCGACGCCCAGGGCAGUCGAACAGGCACUCCCAGUCACACGUUACGCGACAAAGCUUCUGCAUCAUUGUCUCUUCUUGAUGAUGAGCUUCUGUCUCUAGGUCUGAAUGACCCUCCAACUUCUCAGAGCAACCAGUCCAAGACAAAAUUAUUUGAAGUGUCCCAGCAGUGGAGCUCGCUGCAGACCCCAGCAUCUGGAGCUGAUUUGUUUGGGAGUGGGACAUAUUCGCAGCCUGCACCAGCACUGUCAGAAGUCAGUCACAGUCUACAUAACCUACAAGACCUGGCCAUGGUUGGGCUUUCAGACAAUAGUGGAAGUGGUUUUGUGAUGCCAGCUACUGUGCCCUCCUUUGUAUCCGCACAAGGCUCUCCAUCUUCAGCCUCCCUUCUGAAGAGCACGAUGCCAGGCUCUCCAGCUCUGUCCCAGACCCGGUUCCAAAGCCUCAGCUCUGCUCCAGGAAGCCCACAGUUUCUCCCACAGUUUCUGCCCAUGUCACCUGGUCACUCUACACUUCAGGGCAGUCCAGCUAGAGGAGCAGACUUCUCCCUUAGCAAUGUUUAUGUCCCAUUAGAAACAAUUAAACCAAGUAAAGUGCUCCCUGUAACUGCGUAUGAUAAAGACGGGGUGCGUGUUUUGAUAAACUUUGCGUCCAACUGUCCUCCAGGCAGGUUAGAUGUCCUCGUAAUGGUUGUGUCCAUGUUAAAUACUGCCCCACUCCCUGUCCAUAAUGUGGUUCUUCAAGCUGCAGUACCAAAGUCAAUGAAAGUCAAGCUUCAACCUCCGUCAGGAACCGAACUGGCCCCAUUUAAUCCAAUUCUACCCCCAGCAUCCAUUACACAGAUCAUGUUAUUGGCCAAUCCAUCUAGAGAUAAGGUGCGCCUGCGAUACAAGCUUGCUUUCGUACUUGGAGACCGUCAGUGCAAUGAAGUUGGAGAAGUUGAUCAGUUCCCUCCACCAGAGACAUGGGGUCAUCUAUAGCAAAGUAGUACCACCGUUCAUUUGCUUUUGUGUCAUUUCCUCUUUAUGUUGUGUAUUUUUAUCAUAUUUAUUGCUACUAACAACAGUAAUUUGUUAGCUAUAUGAAAUUAUGGACAUCAAGGCACUAACACAACAUAGAAUAUUUUUAGGACUGAAUUUAUUUGAUGAAGACUUAGAUUUUCACAAAUUAAUAUACUAAAACCUUUUACUCUACACAUCUAAGACUAAAUAUGGUCAACGGUUAAACAACACUAAGAACUAGAAAUGUUUUAAUACUGAAUUUGUGCACAAGAAAGCCAAUGAUUUAAUUAUCUCACGAUCUCAAGAAAUCUGAGCGAUGACUCUGUGAUCAUGGAAAUGGUUCUGGUUAAAAAUAGCUUUCUCUUGAUUUUAUUUAGGUGUGGUGAAGAAAAAAAUUGCUACUCUUUGUAUUAUGAGUGGGCUCCAUUUUUACUAGCAGUAAUGCACCCCAGAAACAACGGUUAGGUUUAGAAGGAACAUAGGCACAUCAGUGUUUUCUUUUAGCAACCUUGAAGUGAUUAAGGUGUUGAAGGUUAUCGUUAUUUAUCAUGUGUUUAUGGGUAUUCCUUUGCAGUAUUUUGACAAAUCACUGGAAAAAUAAAAUGUGAAGAUAAAAUUGUCAACAAA